ACAGUCACGCAUGUGCAGUUACUGAGCCCAAUAGCUCGUGAUAACAACCUGAGACUUAGCGAUAUGAUUGCCAACACCUUACAAAAUUGAAGAUUGCUGUAUCCUGUUUCAACAGCUCUAAAAUGCCAGAGGGACCAGAGCUUCACUUGGCCAGUCUUUUUGUUAACAGGAUGUGUGAGGGUGUGGUUUUCACUGGGUCAGUGAAAAAGUCACAGGUCAGCAAGCGUCCUGAAGUACCAUUCACCUCUGAAGCCUACCGAAUCACAGCCCAGUCCAGAGGGAAGGAAGUAAGGCUCACUCUCACACCCAUCAAGAGUGAUGAAGUCAAACACAGUGUCAUGGCUGCACACGCUGACCAGCCUAUGGACAUCAUCUUCCACUUCGGGAUGUCAGGCUUUUUCCGUUUCACCACUGAGGAUGAGCUCCCCAAGCAUGCUCAUCUGCACUUCUAUUCCAAUGAGAAGCCCUGCAGGGUGCUUAGCUUUGUGGAUGCACGCAGGUUUGGUGGUUGGCAGCCGAAUGGGACCUGGCAACCCGACAGAGGGCCUUGUAUAAUGUUUGAGUAUGAGACCUUCAGGGAGAAUGUCUUGACGCACCUUUCAGACCGAGCAUUUGACAGGCCCAUCUGUGAAACUCUCCUGAAUCAGAAGUACUUUAAUGGUAUUGGGAACUACCUGCGUGCCGAAAUUCUUUUCAGAUUAAACAUCCAACCCUUUGUGAAGGCAAGAACUGUGCUGGAAGGUCUUCUGUGCAAAGACGAGCAGGCAGAGGAGACAACCAAGACAGAGAUUUCAGACCAAGCUGUGAAGAAUGCAAAGGUUGAGCCUCCUGACCUUCUCUCCCUGUGUCAUACAGUUCCCCUUGAGGUUGUCAAGCAAGGUGGAAAGGGAUAUGACCCAGAGAAGGCAGACUAUUCAGUGUUUGAGGCAUGGCUGCAGUGCUACUGCGUGGAUGGGAUGAAGUCAAUCAGAGAUCACAAUAGCAGAACCAUAUGGUUUAAGGGUGAUCCAGGUCCUAUGGCGCCUAGAAGUAAAGUGUUCCUUGAUGAAAAAAAUUCAAAAUCCCCUAAGGCUAAGAAGAGAAUAAAGAAAGAGGACAAUCACGAUUACGCGACACAGAAAAAGGGGGUCACAAAGGCACGGACAGUAAAACAGGAAACGUUGACGGAAAAAGUAAAAAAAGAAAAGGUUCCUGAAAAGCAGACUGGAGCUAAAAGUCAACGUAUCCAAAAUUCUAAGGAAAUGAGCACGCCACAGCAAAACAAAAGAGCGGCCGCUCGCAAGAAGAGCAACAGCACAGACAAUGUGGUACAGAGGAGUGGACGUGUGACCAGACAGAGCAGCAAAUAAGACUACUACAUGUAAUUAAAGUAGUGUUGGUUUUUACUGUAUGGGAACAUUUUUAUAGUUUUAUAAUCCAUUCCUUAUUUUUUUUAUCGAAAUACAUUCUCAAUAAAUUGUCUGGGAUAUGA